UGGUCCUUAAUCACCAAGCAGAAUAAUGGUGGAUCUAUCUCCUUAUCAGUUGGUGCACGGUCGGUUGGCUGCAAGUGUGUUGGACCGUCGAAAAGAGAGAGGUAGAGAGAGAGGAAGCGAUGGUGGGCAGGAAGGGUGAAAUUCAGGUCCGUCUUCGUCCCAUGAUCUUCGUCUUCAUCUGCCUCUGCAGUUCCUCUCUGCUGUGGAGUGCGAGAGGUCAGGUCAUCAUCCCCUCAGAGUAUGACGGUUUCCUGUACAAAGGGCACAGCAUCAAACCCGGCUCCGUCAUCAUCGAGGCCUUCUUCGACCCGCUUUGCCCCGAUAGCAGAGACUCAUGGCCCUACCUCAAAGAGAUAAUUCGUUACUACACACCUCACCGCGUCUCUCUGAUCGUCCAUCCAUUUGCCUUGCCGUACCAUGACAACUCAUUCAUGGCUUGUCGAGCACUACAUAUCGCAAAUAAAUUGAAUGCUUCUGCAACGUACCCUCUUUUGGAGAACCUGUUCAAGUAUCAGGAGAAAUUCUACAAUGAACCAACUUUUCAUUCUUCUAGGGCUUCAGUUGUCAAUAAAAUGACAAAGCUUGCAGCUAAAGUGUUGGGCAAUUCCUCUCUUCCUGGACUUGAAUCUGGUUUUAGUGAUAGAGAAACAGACGUAGCAACACGGAUUUCCUUUAAGUAUGGAUGUUCAAGAGCGGUGACGGGGACACCGUUCUUCCUUGUUAAUGGAUUUGCAAUGCCAAACCCAGGCUCACCCAUCGAUUAUAAUGGAUGGAGAAGCAUCCUUGACCCAUUGGUGGGCACCACCAAGGGAGAUCAAGCUAGUUUUUCCAUCCUUUGAAGGCACUGUUUAUGGACGCAUACAACUGAAGGCAUGAAAUUUGACCAACGCUUUCAUUUGUAACAAAAAGUAGAGUUGGAUAGUCCCUCAACUACGUACCAGUACGGCAUGUCAAAUUCUCGUAAUGUGACUUUUUUCUCUUCGUAUAUUGAACGGUGAAAUAAAGGAUGGUUCACAAGUUUGAUUCUGUUUCA